AUGUUUCUGCUUCUGCUCGCCGUCAAAGUUCUUGUCUGCCAUCUCGCUUUGGUAUCAGCAGAGGCCGUAGCAGACAGCCUGUGGCAAGACACGCACAACGCCAUCACUUUCAGUCAAGAGGAACCAAUCAAGUCAGCAUGGAUUAUCACGCCAGAAACGUCCGUCACUCGAGACGGUCGCUUCACGAUAGAUGCAGAUGACAUGGUCACCAUAUCUGUCCCCAAUGGCACGCAUUGGGAUGCAGAUGGGUUGGCCAGCGGUGCAAGCGCUAUGCUGAGAAAGCUCGACGUCAAAACCAACAAUGGCUCCAUUGGCCUCUUCGCCCAUGGCGAUGCCUCAAUUCUGUUGAGAGACUCCCAUAUGGUCAGCAGCGGGCCCGUCGGACACUCUGUCUUUGCGGCAGCUGGCGGCUUUAUCUACAUGAACAACUCAUUUGCCAAAACCGCGGGCCCCCGGAGCAGUAUCGCGGCUGCCUCAACUAUGCUCUCCCGUAUCCAUAUAGAGAACUCACGAGGAAUCACCUUCGGUCCCGCGAGCCCGUGCCUAUUAAGUCUAGGCGGUGCUUUGAAUGCCCGACAAUUCAGCUGUUUCUCGUUUCAGAGCCCCUUACUUGUAGUAGACAGCACGGACGCUGUUUGGCAAGACCGCGAAGUAGUCCGUCUGGAUCAAGUUGACGCCCAGGUCGGCGGACCUGCGGUCAUCCUCAUGUUUGACAGAACAACCCGCCUGAACGAUGGACCUACACCACAGCUGAGUUUAAGGAACACGGUUCUAGCAGGCGUCCAACCAGAAACGAUUGGGAUGUGGUUCGGCAAUGUCAGGGGGAGGGUUGAUGUGGAACAGAGCACAAUCUUCAGCAAUGGUACUCUGGUCCGAGCUAUCGCCAACAUGCCUGUCUUGGAUGACUUGAGCGGAGUCGAGGAUAUGCAGUCCGGAAACGAGAGUACAGCCGUCAUAAUAAAUGUCGUCCGGUCCUCACUUAGAGGUGACAUUAUGGUCAGCGGCAAGACUCUCAUCGACUUGCAAUUGACGGACAUGUCUGAGUGGGUCGGUUCGGUCACGGCGGAACACAGUGACAGCCACGUCGACGUCAGUCUCUCUCAAAACUCGCAAAUGAGGUUGACAAAUCAUACCCACGUCCGCAAGCUGAUGGACGACGACCCGACACUCGGAAACAUUGACAGUCAAGGCUUCAACCUGACCUACUGCAAGAACGUGUCUAAUAUCGCAGUCGCGGUUUCUGCCCUGGCAGGCGGUGGGUUUGCUGUUGGUCUACCGGUAUGUGUAUAA